AUGGCUCCCUUCACUCCUCGUGGCGGCGGUCGUGGUGGUUUCGGCGGUGGACGUGGUGGUGGUGACCGCGGUGGCUUCGGCGGCCGUGGUGGUGGCCGUGGAGGCUUCGGUGGUGACCGUGGCCGCGGCGGUUUCGGUGGACGCGGCGGUGGUCGUGGCGGUGGUCGCGGUGGUCCUGGCGGUGGCCGUGGCCGUGGAGGUGUCUCCAAGGGCGGCAGAGGCGGCCGUGGUGGUGCUGCUGGCGGUCAGAAGGGAGGUCAGAAGGUCAUCGUGGAGCCCCACCGUCACGAGGGUGUCUUCGUUGUCCGUGGCAAGGAGGACGCCAUCGCAACCCGCAACAUUGUCCCCGGCGAGUCUGUCUAUGGCGAGAAGCGCGUCUCUGUCGACAACCAAACCCAGAACGAGGACGGCACCACCACAACCACCAAGAUCGAGUACCGCGUGUGGAACCCCUUCCGCUCCAAGUUGGCCGCCGCCGUCAUUGGUGGUCUCGAGAAGCUCUACUUCGGCCCCGGCUCCAAGGUUCUCUACCUCGGUGGUGCCUCCGGUACCUCAGUCUCCCACGUCGCCGAUAUUGUCGGUCCUACCGGCUUCGUCUACGCUGUCGAGUUCUCCCCCCGUUCCGGCCGUGAUCUGAUCGGCAUGGCCGCCAAGCGCACCAACGUCGUCCCCAUUGUCGAGGACGCCCGUCAACCCCUCAAGUACCGCAUGCUCAUGCCCAUGGUCGACUGCAUCUUCGCCGAUGUUGCCCAGCCCGACCAGGCCCGUAUCGUCGCCAUGAACGCCCACCAGUUCCUCAAGGUCGGCGGUGGUAUCCUCAUCUCUAUCAAGGCCAACUGUAUCGACAGUACCGCCCCCGCUCACAAGGUCUUCGCCAUGGAGGUCGAGAAGCUGAGAGGAGAGCGCAUCACUCCCAAGGAGCAGCUUACGCUAGAGCCCUUCGAGCGUGAUCACUGCCUCGUCGCUGCCGAGUACUCGCGCUACGCGAAAUAA